UCUGCACCAUGCAAAAUCACAUUUGGCCACCACCCCAAUGUACAAAGAGACAAACCCAAAAAUCUCACCUCUUUCCUGGAAAUCCACAAAAAUAAGAUUAACAAUAGAAUCAAGAGUUUAAAAAAUAAACAAACCAUCAUACACCACUUGUAAUGGUUGUGCAGUUCUUAUGUUUUGAGUAAAAUCUGUGCAAAAAAUGGAAGAACUUGGGCUUCAUACACCACUUGUGGGUCAAGAAGCAGAAAAGAGAGUGAAAUCAUACAGCAAAGAUGAGAUAUUGUUUGAGUUAAAGAAACAGUUGUAUUUAGCUGGGCCUUUAAUGGCUGUAAAUCUAUUGGUUUGUGGAUUAUCAAUGAUUUCUGUUAUGUUUGUUGGUCAUUUAGGGGAGCUAGCACUUUCUGGUGCUUCAAUGGCAACUUCUUUUGCUUCUGUCACUGGUACAAGUUUAAUGGUUGGAAUGGGAAGUGCUUUAGAUACAUUUUGUGGGCAGUCUUUUGGGGCAAAACAGUAUCAUUUACUGGGUAUCCAUAUGCAAAGAGCCAUGAUUGUUCUUUUAUCAGCCAGUAUUCCUCUUGCUUUUAUUUGGUUCAAUGCUGGAAACUUGCUUGUUUUUCUCGGUCAAGAUCCGGAAAUUUCAGCUGAAGCGGGGCGUUAUGCAAGAUUCAUGAUACCUAGUCUUUUUGCUAACGCGUUACUUCAAUGUCAUGUUCGGUUUUUACAAUCUCAAAAUAAUGUGGUUCCUAUGAUGUUAAGCACUGGGAUAACCACUUUGCUUCAUAUUUUAGUUUGUUGGAUUAUGGUGUUUAAAUCCGGGCUUGGAAGUAGGGGUGCAGCAUUGGCCAAUGCAGUUUCACUUUGGAUUAAUGUUUUGUUGUUGGCAAUUUAUGUUCAAAGUUCUCCUUCGUGUAAAAAGACUUGGACUGGUUUUUCAAAAGAGGCUUUUCGAGACAUUCAAACCUUUUUGAAACUUGCAGUUCCUUCUGCAGUUAUGGUGUGUUUAGAGAUAUGGUCGUUUGAGAUGAUGGUGUUGUUAUCUGGUCUUCUUCCUAAUCCGCAACUAGAAACCUCAGUUCUUUCUAUCAGUCUCAAUACAUGCUCAAUUAUUUACAUGAUUCCACUUGGUCUAAGCUGCGCAACAAGUGUGCGUGUUUCAAAUGAGUUAGGUGCUGGACGAGCAAAAGCAGCACUUUUGGCAAUACGUGUCUCAAUGGUUUUGGUAGUAACUGAAGGCAUUGUGGGUGCAUCAAUCAUGAUUUUAGGCCGGAAAUUAUGGGGAUAUUGCUAUAGUAAUGAAGAAGAAGUGGUGAGUUACAUUGCCCAAAUGAUGUUUCUUCUUGCAGGGGGGCAUGUUGUUGAUGGAAUCCAAUCUGUGCUUUCAGGGGCUGUUAGAGGUAGUGGACGACAAAAAAUUGGUGCAAUUAUAAACUUGGGAGCUUAUUAUUUGAUCGGAAUUCCUUUGGCUAUCUUAUUUGCUUUCGUGUUACAUAUGGGAGGAAAGGGAUUAUGGUUCGGGAUCAUUGCAGCAUUAUUUGCUCAGGCUCUUUUCCUUUUGAUUUUGACGCUAUGCACCAAUUGGGAAAAGGAAGCAAAUAAGGCUAAGGAGAGAGUUUGUGACUCUCUGAUCCGAAGUGAAGUAUCAUAAUGACCAAGAUAAAUUGCCAAAAGUAAUGUUGAAGAACAAGAAGUGAUUGUAUGGAAGGUCAAUAUGUUGGUUUCUUUAUUGUGAUUUUUGAUCGACAUUUGAGAUCAAAAUUUACUGCAUUGUACAAUGUAACAAUAUGUCAAGAACGAAGCCUAUAGUUUUGGUGGCUGUGGAAUUCAAGCAGUACUGGUGGAUUUAGUU